CGUCGACAGUCCACCGAUAGCAUCAGCCCGCGCGCUCAUAAGAUAUCGUCAUAAUAUUAUACACCGUCAUCCUUAUUUUACCGUGCUUAAUUAUAUGUACGUUCGCGCUUUCAUAAUAUGCACACGAACGUAAGGACUGUUUGUUCUAAGUUGUAUUAUAAAAAAUAAUAUAUUACACGUGUGCUUUCCGUAGGCCCCGCGCCCCUGCGUAGGCAUCGUUAAUAAUUGGUUUCGAUAUACUUGUGUGCCGUACACGUCUUACUAGAGGUGCAUCCAUCGUCGUCUUCAAUAUCAGCUACUGCUGUGUCACACCGGGUGUGUCUUGUCGUAAACCGUAAACGGAUAAACAUAAUGUGGAAAUGUUAAUCUAAUAUUAUUAUAUCGUUAUUAUAUUGAUUACAUUGUACCCAUUAUAUUUAUUAUGUGUACGUUGAUUGCAUCAUCCGUAGAUGGUGUUCCCGUACGAUCGUUAUCGACGUUCCUUAUUUGUAUCGUUGCGAGUUGCGAUAAUGUAGUAUGUACGCCGGGAUGACGAACCACUGCAAGCGUUUAAUUAUUUCGGUCAUUUCAUUAUUUGUCGUCAGACGUUCGUCCCCGACACCUACUUUAUUCUUAUUCACUAUUCAGUUAUUCUUUGAUUUGUAUUGUAGUGAUGCCGGACACUUGAUAUUUCUUUAUUAUUAUUUUUCAUUUUUAUUAUACCACAUAAUAAACAGCUGUAUAUGGUGUAUACAGAUUCUCUCUACAUAUUGCGUCUGUUCAGGCUUCAACCUUUUAAGAUUCCAACAGUUUUGAAUGCUCCCGGAAACAUUUGAAUUUAUAUUGAAAAUAAUUGCACCGAAAUUGGUUAGGAAAAAACCUGGCUGUCCAACUAUUCAACCUAAUAAACAGUUUCUUAUAGCGAUUUGGAAAAUGGCAACCCCAGAUUCAUACAGUAACUUUCCUAAUGUCCUCGGUGCAAUAGAUGGAACCCAUAUUAAUAUACCUGCACCUCAUGAUCAUUCAGAGUCUUAUGUGAACAGAAAAGGUCACCAUUCGAUACAACUUCAAGCCGUUUGUGACCAUCAGUGUAAAUUUAUUCACUGUUAUGCAGGAAACGUUGGUUCAGUUCAUGACCAACGAGUGUUUCGCUUGUCUGAUUUAAACGAGGACAUACACAACCCUACAAAAUUUCCUAACAACUCUCAUAUUAUUGGUGAUGCAGCCUACACAUUGCACAAACGCCUAUUGGUACCUUACCGUGAUAAUGGACAUCUUACUGAAAAACAGGAAAACUUCAAUUUUUGUCAUUCUUCUGCAAGAAUGGCAAUUGAAAGGUCAUUUGGAUUGCUUAAAGGACGUUUUCGCAGUCUUCUCACCACACUUGCUAUGGAGCGUGUUGAUCUCAUUCCAAAAUAUAUUAUAGCAUGCUGUGUAUUACACAAUAUAUGUUUAUUAAAGAAUGAUGAUUUUUCAAGUACAGUUGAGUUAUUACCAGAAGCUGUACAAGAUCAUAACCAAAUAGGAGGCAAUGUUGCUGUAAACCGAUUAGGUGUGAUUAAGAGAGAUGAUAUUUGUGAACGAUUGUCUAUUCGUAAUGUAUAAUUGAAAUAUGUAUUUUUUAAACCUUAAAAAUUCUGAUUGUAGUGGCAUAUACUUACUUGUUAAACAUAUUAAUCACUGCAUCAAACUUAAAUGGAUGUACUUAUAUUAAAAAUAAAAAUAAGAUAGUUGUGAUUAA